GCUGCAUGCUAUAUGCCGGAGACAUUGGAGUGCUGUAAAUUAACCAAUAAAGGCUUGCCGAUAAAAAAAAGGAAAGAAAAAUGUCAGAAGAUGUAACAUUGUUAGAAGAGGAAGACGCUGAAGAAGAUGGUUACAACGCUAACAGUGCUCAAUAUGUGACAGCUCCUCCGAGUGGAAUCCUGAGUGUGCACUGCAAGAAGAUCAAACAUAUCAAUGAAAGUCAGAUGGUCGUAGCAGAACCUGAGCUCUACCUGCGUAUACGUGUUGGGGCCAAUUCAAAAUGCACCAAGACUUUCAACUGGACUGCCGGAUCAAAGUAUGUUGUGGUUCAUGAAAUCAAACAUUUCCCACUUAUGGUGUCUCGAUCGAGAAAUGACUCUUCCAAUGAAAUUCGCAUUGAUUUAGUCAUGGUUGAAACUGCACAUGUCCAUCGUAUGAUUGGUCAUAAAGAUGUUCAUCUCUACGAUAUGAUCAAGAAUCUCUACGUGGUUGGCACUUACGAACUAAAAUUUCGUCAAAAUACUAUCGCUGCGCUCGAUUUUGAGAUCUGCUUUGCAUACGGUAUCUUUGGAUAUGGCUAUUCACAUCAGUUACAAAAUCGACAGAAGAAGCUGGAAGACAUCGUGAGUCACUCAUAUCUUUACCGAUCAGAGCCACCUAUGAACCGGAAACAGUCGGAUAACACCACGAUGGCACCUGUUCCAAUAGAACAUCCAGACCUCAUUUCAUUUGCUCAAAAGGUGCAAAUCGGAUCUCCAGCAGUCAGAGAAAUGCUUGUUGACAGAUACAGCAAAUACGAUAUGGAUGUGUUUUCCGAUCUUGAUAAACACGAGCCAGUAAUUCUCGCCCGAACUAUGAGGAGAAGAUUGCAGAAGAUUGAAGCUGAUUUCAAUUCGCAGACAAGUAGGCAACAAAGAAAGAAAUUCCUAGAGAAGUUGAUUCUUCGUCACGGAGACGACGAUAAAAAACAUGAUAAGCAAAACAGGGAUGAUCGAGCACCGCCCGGGACUACGGUAUUACCAGACAUUGACCAGGUAGCUGCCCCUGAGGAGCUGGUGUACGGUGAAGAUGAUGAUCAUACAUGCGUCACUGACGUUCCAGAGCUCAGUAGUUUCCUAGCCAAUGCUCCCGGAAUUCAAGUCCGCGGGCGAGCGGAGAGAAGUCGUCGACCAUCAAUGUCAAUUCUUCUCGAGGAUGAAACCGCAAAUGAGUUAGAGAGACAGCAAUCGACGUCAGAAGGCGCAUCAGCAUCGAUGUCCGGUUCUAUCAAACACUCUGAUCAACAGGACAGACAGAUAAGUACAGGAGGGAAUUUCAUGGUGUCAUUUGCAAACAAACUUCGUCUCUGGAAGUCAAAGGGUGCACCUGCUAAACUCCCUAACACAGGACCAGUGACCAGCGAAUAAGGUCCAGGCCUGCGAAAAGCUUGGAAAGAGGGUAUCAAUGUCAGGAACUAUAGAGGUCCGUCAAGCUUCUCAAAAAACCUUCUAAUCAAAAGACACCGCCAUCUUUUCUGAGAAAUAAACAUUUCACUUGGAACCCCGACGGAGAGACCCCCAGUAUGAAGAACUUUGAAGAAUAGAAAUGAAAAAGCUAUAACC